AUGUCAAAAUUCGUGUCAGCCGGAACAGAUGCCGACUCACGGCCACCACCAGAUGCCGCUUGGCUAAAGGCUCAACAGGAGGUAGAAGCUCGGAGAAAAUCCAAAGUGGCCGAGGACGGCAGUCAAGAUGGAGGCAAGAGUCUGUACGAAGUAUUACAACAGAACAAGGCUGCCAAGCAGGAAGCAUUUGAAGAAUCAAUCCGUCUGAAAAAUCAGUUUCGUCCUCUGGACGAGGAUGAGGUGGACUUCCUGGAUUCCGUACUGGAGUCGAAGCGAGCAGAGGAGGAUGCCGUCAAGCAGCAGACUGCCGAACAGCUUGAGGCGUUCCGGAAGCAACGGGCCCUAGCUGAACAAGCUCUUUUAGAUCAGCACGCGACCGACGAGGCGACCAAAGCCGACGUUCCCGUUGGCAAAAACGUGUGGACGACGCAAAAGAAAAAGCGACGUCGUGACAAGAAGGACGAGGGCGAGGGCGAGUUCGAAGUAAACCCCAAGGCCAGGAAACUCUCGCCUCUCACUGCUGAUUCUAAAGUGUCUGACACAGACCAACCCGAUUCAACGUCUUCUGAGCAUCAAAACGCAGGCCCAGAAGCCAAAGUAUCUCCCGACAGACCUCAAACAGGUCCUCCGAAAGCAACGCCGAUUGCACUUGGCUUGGGCGACUACAGCUCCGAUGACGACGAUUGA